AUGGGAGAAAGGUACAACAUUCAUAGCCAGCUUGAACAUCUUCAAAGCAAAUAUAUCGGCACAGGACAUGCGGACACUACGAAGUAUGAAUGGCUGACAAACCAACACCGCGACUCAUGCUGCAGUUACAUGGGACAUCCAGAUUUAUUGAGCUAUUUUGCUAUUGUUGAAAAUGAAUCAAAAGCACGCGUGAAGUUUAAUUUAAUGGAGAGAAUGUUACAACCUUGUGGACCUCCACCUGAAAAACCAGAGGAUUAA